AACUCUAGCACUGAGACAAAAAUAGCGGCUAAACCAAAAAUAAGACAUGAUUGGUAUCAAACAGAAACCGAUGUCACUGUCACUAUUUUGUUAAAGAACGUGGACGAAUCAAAAUUAAAGAUUGAUUAUGGAUCAACAUCUCUUCAUGUUAAGUAUGAAGAAAAUGAACUCGAUUUUCGACUCUUAAAUGGCAUAGUGCCGAUAUAUUGCACACAUAAAGUGACUCCAUCAAAAAUAGAAGUGAAACUUGUAAAAGCAAUGGGCAUAAGAUGGGAAAAAUUAGAAGCAGAUGCAGAAUUACCAAAACCAGUCAACCCUACCAAAGCAAAUGAGAAAUGGGAACAAAUUGCAAGGGACUUUGAAGAAGAGAAACCUGAAGGUGAUGCUGCUCUGAAUGCUUUGUUCCAGAAAAUUUAUGGAGAAAGCAAUGAAGAUGUUCGCAGAGCUAUGAACAAGUCAUUCAUGGAAUCAGGUGGUACAGUACUGAGCACAAAUUGGAACGAGGUGGGCAAAGAGAAGGUUGAGGUUCGUCCACCAGAUGGAAUGGAGUAUAAGAAAUGGGAUUCAUAA